UCCUGUCACCGUCAACGUUUUUACGACAGUAGCGAUAUGGAUUCUUUUGCGUUUUAUAUACAGCUUCAAGAAUUUCUCUUAAAAGGAGAAAUUCCUGACAAUUCUGCAAAUCGUCGGAAGGUACGACGGGCGUCGGUGAAUUUCAUCAUCAAGGAUGACAGACUCUUCUACGUCGGCCCCAGUAGGCAGUACAUGCGGCUAGUUGUCCUGUCAGAGGAAGAGAAGAGGUCUGUUCUUACGGAGUGCCACAAUAACCCUGGGACUGGUAAUCACAGUGGCGUCAGAGGCACUCAAAACAGGGUUAUUGCUGGAUACUAUUGGCCUACAAUUAUCCAGGAUGUGAAAGAAUGGGUCAGAUCCUGUCACCGCUGCCAGUUGAAUGACCCUAUCAAGACUGUUGUGCCAGUCUUGCAUUCUAUUAAGUUCAGGCCGGUGAUGAUGUUCUGCUCUCACGGGACCCCAAGAAACGACGGACAGGAGACACAUUUACAAGUCAGCACCAAGGACCAUAUACUGUGGCCAGCAUCACUUCCAAAGGGGUGGCCACUAUCGUCAAAGGGUCAGCUUGUCAGAGGGUCAAUGUGUCAAGACUGAGGACAUACUACAGAUUGAAAAAUGGACCAACUGAGAGGAUGUUCCUCCAGGACCACUGCUACUCAACAUUCAAAUGGCAGGUAGAGCAUCCAUAUGCUUGUUCGGGUUUGAUGUGGGAGAAGGACUUGGACCAUAUUCAAGAUGAACUGUUAAAGUAUGUGUUGGACAAAAAUCGGCCAUCGGAAGAACUGAUCAUAAAGCAAGGCCAAAUUUGCCUCACACGAGAAGACUUCUGGAGCCUGGGUUUAAGCCAGUGCAUGGAAUCUAAUAUCGGAAAUGCCUGCCUCAAGAUUGUGGAAGAAGCUGCACGAAGACAUGGAAAAAAUGUUCACAUUGUGGACCUCUAUGCUGUUCCCACCUGGAAAGACAAAAAUGUGGACCCAGAGCAUAGUUUGCCUGAAAACGUGAGGUCCAAGGAUAUCGUACUAUUUCCAGCUUGGAGCAGGCAGGCGGAUGAAGCUGAUCACUAUCUGCUCUGUGCUUUGUUUGUAGCUAAGAGGGAGAUAGUUUUUCUUGAUUCUCUUCGCCCUGAUGGUUUUGGAGAUGAGACCUACAGAACCAUAUUUAGACACAUUGCAACCUUCAUUGACCAAGGAUCCUGGACUGAAAAAACAGGAAGAGACCUUGAGUGUUUUCCUCAACAGUCUACAGGAAAUUCCUGUGGCAUCUACAUGCUGAUGUAUGCUCUCAGCACCUGUACAUCAUGGCCAUUAACAUUCACAGAGGAGGAGGUGCCAUUGAUUCGCCAGUGGUGGUGCAUUCAGCUGAUGGAGAGGUUUUGUCUUGAAGGGCAUGGACAGAGAUUUGCACACUGGGCAGAAGAAGCAUCCCAACUCCUUCAGGGAACCCUUGAGCCUGUCUUUAGGGUGUCAAACUCUACCACCACCAAACAGACACCCAGCAGAAGAGUUGUGGUUGAAGAGGACACUGAUAAGGUGCAACAGCCUACCACUGUGAGAGACCUUCAUACAGCUUGGUACUGGGUUCACAAUCACAGAGACUUAUUUCGUGGAGAGGUGACAGAGCCUGCUUUUCUGCAGAUGAACAGUGAAGAUCAACAAAAUGCACUCAAGAAGGCCCUGGAGAGUGAAUUCUGA